GGCGGCAGACAACAGCAAAUUGUUGCAGCCAAUCUCACACGGAGACGGCAGCGGCGAGGCCUGAUUGCUGACGGCUAACUGGCGUCACGUCCCCACGCCUCGACGCCUCGACGCCCACCCCCCUGCCGGCGUGUGUUUUCUCAAACCUCACGUCGGUGUGCGACGCUCCCGAACAGAAAUGCCGAAUCUGUUCUCUGUCCAUUUUUUAUCGAAGUUCCUGCCACCUCAACACGUAGAGAAUAGGCACACACACGUAGGAUGUAAUGAACGCACACCUGGAGACGUGUUGUGCGUUUUAUUUAGUUUCACUUCUCAACGCUUGAUGUCGAUUUCAGAAAUACCUGCAAGAAACAUUCAAAAGAAACAACACACUACAUCCACUCCACAGUGACAGCACACAGUUUCGGCAUGAGAAGAAAAACAACCAGACAUGUUGAAAAAGGAAGUUCUCAGUUCCCCAUAACCACAUCCUUUCAUUCGUCCUCCUGUGUGUGUGUGUGUGUGUGUGUGUGUGUGUGUGUGUGUGUGUGUGUGUGUGUGUGUGCGUGUGCGUGUGCGUGUGCGUGUGCGUGUGUGUGUGUGUGUGUGCGUGUGCGUGUGCGUGUGUUUGUGGUUGUCUGUCACGAAUUGACACCUUCCUUUGUGACCAAAUGAGUUUUGAAUCGAGCACAGUCAAAGCAGCUUUGUAGCAUUGAGUACAGAACACUACUGUGUGUGUCUCUGUGUGUUUGUGGGAGAAGGGAGUUGUUGUUCUGAUCUGAUUGGUCCUCAUUGGAUAUAGAAGCCCAGCUGAAGAGGAAUCAUCACGUUCAUACUGUCCUCAGUUGGGUACUGGAGGUGUCGGCACCCCCACAGACUCCACAGAACAGACGCCACCCAGUACAGCGAAUCGAUCGGGUAUCUCGCGAUACCCCGGCUGACCGAGGAGAGUGAUGGCCACGGACGUCUUCAGUAACCCUAGGGAGGAGGACCCUCUGGACGUCGCCUUGUUCCAGGGAGAGAGGAGGAAGAUUAUUCAGCCCACGUCUCUUCUAGACCCUAAAGUUGAAAAGCUGAAGGAUGUGUUGACGAGCUGGAUCAACAAAACCCUUACACCGGACCACAUCGUGGUGCAGAGUCUGGACGAGGACCUGUUCGAUGGCCUGGUCCUGCAUCACCUGCUGGCCAGGCUAGCUGGUGUGAGUCUGUCCGUGGAUGAGAUAGCAGUCACAGCUGCAGCUCAGAUACACAAGCUGGGGGUGGUCUUGGAAGAAGUGAACAAAAGACUUGGGCUAACAGACGACGCACUGGCCAAGUGGAAUGUCCAACUCAUCCACAACAAAGACCUCCUGGCCACUAUUCAUCUGCUGGUUACCAUGGUGAGGCACUUCCAGCCCGAUCUGGCUCUGCCUCCCAACGUGAAGGUGGAGGUGGUUCUGGUGGAGGUCACUAAAACCGGAAUCAAAUCAGACAUACAGAGCGAGGAUCUAACAGAGGAAAGCCGGCCAAGCCUGCAGUCCCCCAACAGUUCAAGCGGGGAGGAUCCUAUUGAGAAACUCCUGACGCUUGACGCCCACAAGAUCCUGUUGGCCAAGACGUCCAUCGUCAACUUUGUCAAUCAGAACAUGUCAAGUAUGGGCCUGCAGGUGGCAGACUUGGACACACAGUUUUCAGAUGGGGUGAUUCUGCUGCUGUUGAUUGGCCAGUUGGAAGGCUUCUUCAUCCCACUCGGUGACUUCCACCUCUCCCCUGCCAAUCACGCUGAGAUGGUUCAUAACGUCACUCUGGCCUGUGACUUUCUCCUGGACAUCGGCCUCAAUGUCCCCAAUAUUGACCCAGAAGACAUCAUCUCGAGGGACGUCGGUGCCACCUUGAAGGUCCUGUACUUCCUGUUCAGGAGGCACAAGGGGAGACAGGCGGAAUCAGCGGCGAGCGCUCAGAAAUGAAAAGAUGAAGACCUGACACAAAGCAAAACAAAUUAAAUGCAUUGCAUGGCAACUUACAUGAACAUACUGCUGAUGUUUUGAUUCAGGAAUAAAUAUCUCAAUAUAUAUAUAUAUAAAUGUAUAUACGUGUUUCUGUUGAAUUUCUCCGUUGAUAUCUGUCAAUUAUUUUAAUUAUUAAGUGCGAAUGUAUUGCAUGAUAGAUAUCCAGUGUCUGAUAACAAUGGCCCAAUACUGAGGGAGAAAGAGAGAGAAAUAGAUAAAAGACAGCUUGAUAGGCAUUUGGAAGAUAAAUGUUUUUGGCCUGAAGUAUUCUCUUGUUCAUCAUGGUGUAUUCUCUCGAAAAGGACAAAGGUCGCUUUUCUCCUUGCUUAAGGUUGACCGUCCAAUUUACCAACCUUGAACAGUGAAUAAUUUCAAAUGGCUGUCAUGACCCCAGUUUUUCAAUCUUGAAUAAAGGAGUUUUUUUUUACAGGGCUGUACCUAGCAUGCAUCAGAAUUAUUGUUGAACUAGACUUGGUGUUAAGUGUAAGAAGGCUAAGCCACUUAUAUUUCUGCCUUGAUGAGGAUGAUCCCUCAUUUCUAAAAUAAACGGAAUAACCUUGUAAAAUGUUGAAUAUAAAAACCUUACAUGAUGACAUAAUUACAGUAAGCCUUCAGGAAUGAACUACUAUUUGUGCCCGAGAAAUGUUACUGCGACAGAACCCAUGAUUCACAACAGGAACAGCUUGUCCCCAAUGCUUCCUACUACAUCUUUAACAGACGCUGAUAUUGAGUGCUAUGGAACUGCGCACUCGGUUAUACUAGGCUUACUCAAGGCUGAACCCUACACUGGACACGAGGUCAAAGCAAACGAUGACCUCACUAACCAAGGACUAAAAAACUCACUUCUCUGUCUCACCUCAGCGAGUCUGAGCGGUUAGAUGGGUGCAUGAAUGUGUUAUUCAUGUAACCGAAGCGUCCAUGAUGUUAGCUUCAAUUGGAGUGCAUGCCUUGUGUGUGUGGUUGUGUGUGUUUGUGUGUAACACCCGCAAGAUCAUGUUUGCCUUUUGUUCCAGUGUAACAAAGGCAUUUCCGUUGUCAAGCUCAGUGUCGCAUUGUAUUGUAUGUUAAGGUCUGUGGCCAGGCAGGAGUACAAAGAAAAAGGAAACCAGGGGAGACCAGUGAUGAUGUGGAUAGAAUCUGGGCUCCAGCAAUCCUACCAUGCUGUAGCAGGACCUCAGACAACGAGCCUGGGCCGGAAACCAGAUACCUCAGAAGGGGAAUUCAUUGCCUAUUACAGAUACCCACCUCCCAACAACAUAAUUGGUUCAAACUAAUACAAAGUGAAAGAAAGUGAAACUCUGCAUUCCCCCAGAUUUGAGCUUGUCUGUCCUCAGACAACAGAUUUUUACAUUAGUCUGAUUUGUGUGACUACUGUAUGGCUGUAUGACUACUGUAUGGUAUGAUUAUUGUAUAGGUAGCUGCUAAAAGGUGAAUUCAUUCCAGCUCUAGAAAUGGGCAUGACAAGGUUUUAAUGACUCCUAUUAUUGUGUGUAUUGAGUAUUGUCAUAUUUAUAACUGCAGCCCCAUUCACACACGCACGCAAACAUUCUUGCCCGCAAACAGGAAUUCAAUAAAAGGUUGACCGCAGGAUGAAUUGCUCCAUCAUAAAAGCUUAUUUUCUUAGCAACGAUCUUGCGUCACAUAGACAGGCUAUAUUGAAAAUACCAUUCAGUGUUGCUCAAGCCCAACUGCAAUAAACUGAUGCAAUAUUUGCCCCGAUGUGUGUGUGUGUGUGUGUGUGCGUGAAAGCCUCUAGCGGUGCAGCCGUGGGGUACAGUGCUAACCGUACCACAGUGUUUAUCUUUAUGCUACUGGAACAGUUGCAUAGGCGCUCACUAGUGCCUUGCGGUCUGGCCAUUUCCUCUUCUGCUGCUGCCGAGUCCUUUGAUGCCGCUGCACUCUGGCAGGUGUGGCAUUCACUGGGACGACGUGUUCUGCUCUGAGGAUCCGCACUUUAAGGUUUUAGGAUGUUUUUUGUACUUUAAGCUAUAAGGAAAGUAGGAGGCCAACAAUCUAUUGGAUGCCUGAGCAUUUUAAUGACAUACAAGCUUUUUAAGGGGAUCAAAUGUAUGGACUGUAAGAUAGAAAAUAGAAGAUAUUGACACAAAUAUAUGUUGUGUGUAUGCAAUUUACAACGAAUGCACAAAGGCUGUAUGUUAACAUAUUCAAUAGGAUACAGACACAAUUUUUCCUUUGAAUCUCUUUGAAGUGCGGUCCAUCCAUCAAUUACACAGUGAAGUGAACAGCAGCUCCUCGUGAAUGGACUGGAUCUCACAGGAACAUUAAGAGCCACUUAAGGGGCACAGUGUCCAGCAUUAGCGGAUCUAAUGUGGACUAGCGGCCUAAUAGCAUAUAAAUGGCUGAAUGUUUGUCAGGACGCCGCUCCUGCUGAUUCUUGAAUAACAAGCAGAUGUGGAUAUCAGGACAAAUGAGCGCUCGGUGUUAGUCUCAGAAAUGCCACUGUGGGGUUUGGCCUUCUGGGAGAAAUGGCUAAAUGAAAGAAAUGUGUGAGCAGAAGGGGUGGUUGUUAAAGGACUAUACCGGUCUGGGUGAUCAAACCAUGGUAGCCGUCUCUAUUGGCUUCGCUAGAACAUCUUUUCAAAUGAACAACAAAUCCUGCUGACGAGCAUUUGGCAAGAACGCGCCUGCCGAAUGAAAAUCAUAGCAAUAUAGCACUUUUGUCUUUUCGAAUCAAUGUGCGUCGGUCAGUUAGUUUGUGACAAAAUAACAGUGAAUUGUAUUACAUGUGCUUUGCAAAAUGUCUUAACAAAAAGACCGAAGUGCUAUAUUGCUAUUGUUUACAUUUGUGCUAGGUGCAUUAACGCUAAACGCUGCAGAACAAGAAGUCAAUUUACCAAUUUAACCAAUGUUUAGUGUAGCUAGAAUAGACAGUUCUGACGGUUUGGUCACUGUGUCCUUUAAGUGAAAGUAAGCCGGUGAGAUAAAGGUACGGGUCAUUGCUAGGUUCUAAUUGAAAGCUAGCUACUGAUUUAAGGGGACUAUGCUAUGCUGAUUGAAUGCUAGCUAGUAUUUGAGGCAACAUACCAUCACUAGAUUCUAAUUGAAAGCGAGCUAAUAAUUGUAGGGGACAAGUCGUUGCUAGUUGCUAAUUGGAAGCUAGCUCUUGAUUUGAGGGGACCCAUUAUCACUAGAGCUGAGGCGAAGCUAGCUACUGAUUUGAGUGGGUAGCCUACACAUAAUGAGUUCUUGAACAAAGUGAAAGAUGAGAUCAGAGGUGUUUUGUGUAGGGGUUGGGUGUAAAAUUGGAAAUAAACUUCUGAGCAUAGGCUCACAGAUGCCUUGACAACUUGGGAAAACAAACUUUGGCAUCCCCUCAGACGCGGUGGCCUUUGACACGCUUGGGACUGGAGCAGGUGUGUAUGAUUGGAAAUGAGGUGAUGUUGGCAGCUGUACAUGUAGUCCUGUGCCUGGUCCUGUCGGAGACCUCGUGUUGAGCUGUCAACCUCCGUGUCUUAAUGACCAGUCAGGUGAAGGGCCACCCCUGAAUAGGACUGAUCUUUGUGUCACUCCGCAUUUGACGUUUUAUUUUUCGAAAAAAACCUAAAACAAACAACUCGAGACAUGGGGAUGAAAGGCGUCAUAAUGAUGACAACUUUUACACACAAAAAAAACAUUGCCAAACCAGCAGUUUAGUUUAAACACAAUGGAAAAGAUAAAACUAUUUUUUAUUUCUUCCUGUCGGAACGAUACAAAGUCAACAAGUGCAAUAAACAAUUUGAACUGAAUACGGCACUGAACUGCACAUUCUAUCUAGCGGUAAAACACAUUAGACAGAACGUGACGCACACAAUCGUCACUGCCACACCCAACGUGAGGUAUCAACCACUACAAAGCAUCAGCGGACAGGUGAGGGGUCAAACCGUAAGGCAACUGUAACCAUAACAACCUGGAGAGAAUUAAACAGAUUACGGGGAGGGGGUGGGGUGUAGGUAACCUCCACCCCCCUCCCCUCCCCUGUUUCCCAGAGCCACACCAAAAUACCUACCACGUCACAUUUAGGCCAUUCAACUAAACGGUAAAACAUCGCUAGUUAAAGUCACUAGUUGCUAAUAUGUUUUUCCGAACUUGGGGAGUUUCUGCGAGUGUAUCGAUUUGGGGGGAGGGGGAUACGUUAGUAAGAAAUGCCAGUUGACUCUGUGUGUACCGUUAGGUGUUUAACUUAGUUUUCGGAUUAUUGGAGGCCAGAUAAGGGCUUUCCUUCACAGGGCAGUGAUACACAGCGCGAUAAAGAGGGCUUUCAUUCGCCUUAUUAUCGGCCAGAACACAGCCUUCCCCCGCAACACUGCGCAGUCUCUCCCAUAUCUGAUCCCUGCCACCACACGCGGCUUUGAAGAACCAAUUAAAUACCCGUUGGUUUGGCAGACGGGGCAAAA